AUGCGGCGUAGUACAAAAGUGGACAAGGCGCAGCAACAGCAAAAGCAACAACAGGUGAACGACAAAGUCAGCGACCGUGAAGACGCCGACGACGUCUAUACCGCGAUUAGGCGAUCUUUGGUGUCGGUAGUAACCGCGGCCGUGACGUCCGGCUCUCUCAAACUGCGACCCAACUGUUUGGAACUGUUCCGUGGUACGUUUGUGUUGGGUGAACCCGGACGUUGUGGUCAACCGGUUCCCUAG